AUGGGGCCAACGGCUGCUCUCUUCCUUCUCCUCAUGCUCGGCGCCUCGGAGGCCAAGCGCACCGCAGAGUCCAGGAGUGAUGAUAACAGUGUCUUCGAUCUCUUUGAACUCAUCGGCUUCAUUCGCAAGGGAGGUGGGCGCCGGGCACCCGGGGUCUACCUGGUGAAGGGACCAGAAUCCUCCAGCCCAGCUUACCGCAUUGAAGAUGCCAGUCGCAUCCCUGCUGUCCCUGACUCCAAGUUCCAAGACUUACUAGAUGCCAUCCAUGCUGAGAAGGGCUUCAUCCUCUUGGCCACUCUCCGGCAAGCCAAGAAGAGUAGAGGCACGCUGCUGUCCGUGGAACAGAAAGAUGGCUCUGGUCAUGUCUUCAGUCUAGUAUCGAAUGGCAAGGCAGGCACUCUGGACCUGAGCCUCUCUGGUGACGGCAAGCAGCAACUGGUGUCAGUAGAGGAUGCCUUGCUAGCUACAGGACACUGGAAGAACAUCACCCUGUUUGUGCAGGAGGACCGGGCUCAGCUCUAUGUGGGGUGUGAGAAAAUGGAGAAUGCUGAACUGGACAUCCCCAUCCAGAACAUCUUCACGAGGGACCUGGCCAGCAGUGCCAGGCUCCGUAUCGCCAAAGGGGGAGUCAAUGACAACUUCCAGGGACUGCUGCAGAAUGUGCGGUUUGUGUUUGGAACAACUCUGGAAACUAUCCUGAGGAACAAAGGCUGCUCCAGCUCCACGAGUGCGAUCAUUACUUUGGACAACCCCAUCAAUGGUUCCAGCCCAGCUAUCCGCACUAAUUACAUUGGCCAUAAAACAAAGGACAUCCAAGCAGUCUGUGGUUUUUCCUGUGAUGAACUAACAAAUAUGUUUGUGGAACUGCAAGGGCUCCGGUCCAUGGUUACAACACUUCAAGACAGAGUUCGCAAAGUGACUGAAGAAAAUGAACUGAUUGCAAAAGUGGUCCAGAUCACUCCUGGAGUAUGCAUUCACAAUGGAAUCUUGCACAAAAAUAAAGAAGAGUGGACUAUUGACAGCUGCACUGAAUGUACCUGCCAGAACUCUGCCACCAUAUGCCGGAAAGUGUCCUGUCCUCUCAUGCCUUGUUCCAAUGCCACCGUGCCUGAUGGGGAGUGCUGCCCCCGAUGCUGGCCUAGCGACUACGCAGAUGAUGGAUGGUCUCCUUGGUCUGAAUGGACUUCAUGUUCUGUGACCUGUGGGAAUGGGAUUCAGCAGAGAGGGAGAUCCUGUGACAGUCUCAAUAACCGCUGCGAAGGGUCUUCUGUACAAACUCGGACUUGCCACCUUCAGGAGUGCGAUAAGAGAUUUAAACAGGAUGGUGGCUGGAGUCACUGGUCACCAUGGUCAUCAUGUUCUGUCACUUGUGGCACGGGCAUCAUCACUAGAAUUCGUCUCUGCAACUCUCCAGUACCACAGCUGAAUGGCAAACCUUGUGAGGGCGAGGCGAGAGAAAACAAAUCCUGCCAGAAAGAUCCUUGCCCAAUUAAUGGCAACUGGGGACCAUGGUCUCCAUGGGAUGCUUGCACAGUGACAUGUGGAGGAGGACUUCAAAAACGUAGCCGUCUCUGCAAUAACCCUGAGCCUCAGUAUGGUGGGAAGACUUGCGUAGGUGAAGCUAAAGGGACUCAGGUCUGCAACAAACAGGACUGUCCAAUUGAUGGAUGUCUGUCCAAUCCUUGCUUUGCGGGGACUACAUGUACCAGUUCCCCUGAUGGUUCCUGGAAGUGUGGUGCCUGUCCUGCUGGCUACCAUGGUGAUGGUAUCCACUGCCAAGAUAUUGAUGAGUGCAAAGAGGUUCCUGAUGCCUGCUUUGUCUUCAACGGAGUGCACAGGUGUGAGAAUACUGAACCUGGGUACAACUGUCUGCCUUGUCCACCACGUUUCACUGGGACACAGCCAUUUGGUCGCAGUGUUGAGGAUGCCAUGGCUAACAAACAGGUAUGCAAGCCACGUAAUCCAUGCACAGAUGGAACACAUGACUGCAACAAGAAUGCCAAAUGCAAUUACCUUGGCCACUUCAGUGACCCCAUGUAUCGCUGUGAAUGUAAACCAGGCUAUGCUGGCAAUGGCAUAAUCUGUGGAGAAGAUACUGACUUGGAUGGAUGGCCAAAUGAGAACCUCGUUUGUGUUGCCAAUGCCACUUACCACUGUAAAAAAGAUAACUGCCCUAAUCUGCCCAACUCUGGGCAAGAAGACUACGAUAAGGAUGGGAUUGGUGAUGCCUGUGACCAUGGCUUGACUUCUUUCUUGCUCUUGCAGGACAACUGUCCAUUCAUCUACAACCCACAGCAGUAUGACUAUGACAGGGAUGAUGUUGGUGACCGCUGUGAUAACUGCCCCUACAACCACAACCCUGAUCAAACUGACACUGACAACAAUGGAGAAGGAGAUGCAUGUGCAGUGGAUAUUGAUGGAGAUGGGGUCCUUAAUGAAAGGGACAACUGCCAAUAUGUCUACAAUGUAGACCAGAGGGACACAGACUUGGAUGGUGUUGGAGAUCAGUGUGAUAACUGUCCACUGGAACACAAUCCUGACCAGGAGGACACUGAUUCUGACCGCAUAGGUGAUCAGUGCGACAAUAACCAGGACAUAGAUGAAGAUGGCCAUCAAAAUAACCUUGAUAACUGCCCCUAUGUGCCUAAUGCCAAUCAAGCUGACCAUGACAAGGAUGGAAAAGGUGAUGCCUGUGACCAUGAUGAUGACAAUGAUGGUAUCCCUGAUGACAAAGAUAACUGCAGACUGGUUGCCAACCCAGAUCAAGCUGAUUCUGAUGGUGAUGGACGUGGAGAUGCUUGCAAAGAUGACUUUGACCAAGACAGUGUGCCAGACAUUGAUGAUAUCUGCCCUGAAAAUGUGGACAUUAGUGAGACUGAUUUCCGACGAUUUCAGAUGAUUCCCCUGGAUCCCAAAGGAACAUCCCAAAAUGAUCCAAACUGGGUGGUUCGUCACCAGGGUAAAGAACUGGUUCAGACAGUCAACUGUGACCCUGGUCUUGCAGUUGGUUUUGACGAAUUCAAUGCUGUGGAUUUCAGUGGCACCUUCUUCAUCAAUACAGAAAGGGAUGAUGAUUAUGCCGGCUUUGUAUUUGGCUACCAGUCUAGCAGUCGUUUCUAUGUUGUCAUGUGGAAGCAGAUCACCCAGUCUUACUGGGACUCCACACCAACCAAAGCUCAAGGCUACUCGGGUCUCUCCAUCAAAGUUGUGAAUUCCACCACUGGUCCAGGAGAACACCUUCGUAAUGCUCUGUGGCACACAGGAAACACUCCUGGCCAGGUGAGAACUCUGUGGCAUGACCCUCGUCACAUAGGCUGGAAAGACUUCACUGCAUACAGAUGGCGUCUUAGCCAUAGACCAAAGACUGGUUAUAUCAGAGUUGUAAUGUAUGAAGGGAAGAAAAUCAUGGCAGACUCAGGACCCAUCUAUGAUAAAACCUAUGCUGGUGGUCGGCUAGGAUUAUUUGUCUUCUCUCAAGAAAUGGUGUUCUUCUCAGAUCUUAAAUAUGAAUGCAGAGGUAAGGAAGACUUGAACCAAUUCAUUUAUAUGGGAUCUCUUAAGAAAGCUGCUCUCAAGAAAAAUAGAAUGGAUCAAGAAGAUCAAGAAUCGGACACGGCUGAGCAGCCUGGUGCGGAUGUUCUGAUGCAGCAGAAGACUUGUGCGAGUCUCUCCCUUCGAUCAAACCAGGAGUCCAGCAGACAGUCCCAGGGCAGAAGAUGGAGUACUUAUUUGGGUCCUUCACCAAGUCAGGGCUCACCGAGUCAGGCUGCAAGCUCCAGCAAACCGUGCUGGGAUAACGGAGGCCAGGUUUUAGCUAACUACGUGAAAAAAGUGGAUUGUGUGUGA